AUGGCGAGUUUUACAAAGACCCUUUCAUACAAGAUGAGUAAGUUAUUUGACCUUAGUAAAUUAUGCUUUCCUCAAAGCUCCAUUACUAACUUAAGUGAUAGGGACAGCCUUGAACUUACUGAGAUUAUUCCUAGAAUUUUAAUAGAAAGGUCCUCGUUUUUGAACAUAUCAGAGGAAUCUUUACAGAAGGAAAUAGAUAAUCCAAAAAAAGGAGACGAUGUAAAAGAAGAUGAACAAGAGCUGGGAAAUGAAAAAAGUAAUAUAGUUGAUACAGCAACUAUUGAAACUUUUCAACAACAAAGACAAGAGCUUGCGAGGAGCAUUGGCUCAGCAUUGAACGAAACAUCCUUAUCAAUGGAUCUAGUAUCAUUAUUGAUAUCUAUUGCUAGUCCUAAUAUUGGAAAGUCUACGAUUUCUCCUCAUCUCUCCAAGAAUGUACCCUUGGGAUCUUUAAGUCUGGACAGACUACAGAUAGAAGAUAGUUCGGAAGUAACAACACCGCUUAAGUACUCUAAUGAAGCAAAAAUUGGACAGGGGUUAAAGCGAAAUGCUAUUAGUAAAGUCAUCGUGUCUUUUACAGAUGCCAGUGAGAGGGUGAGGGAAGAGACAUCAAACGAGAAACAGUAUUGGGAUAUGAUAAUUCAAGUUCUCAGUAAUGAUGAAGUAUUAUUUAGUACGAAAGAUCCCUUGAGUGGCCUGAGGGUUGUCGGUAUAAGAUAUGGCUACGGAGACUCUGGAUCUAGCUUUCAUGACAAAGGAUUGGCCAUUUUACGUCAAAAUGGAAAUACCCACGAAAUCACCUUCAAUCCAAUCUCUUCAAGCACUUUAAAGCCGAUGCAGAAGAUCUACAAAUAUUUGAGGAUAAAGAUUCUUAGUAAAAUUGAUGAUGAUUAUAUGGUUACCGGUCAGUCCAUAUUUGAGAAAAAAUUUGAUCAGAGUAAGUUCAAAGUAAUCAAUGACAUAGAGAAGGCAAGAUUCUUUUUAUUUGAAGAGGAUUUGUUUUAUCAUUUGAUUAGGGAAGCACAAUUGCUCAUAAGUUACAACGUUUCAAUAAUAUCAAAUAAAAUAAUAAUAGAGUUAAACAAUGAUAUUAUUGAAUUAGAGUCAAUUGUGUACGACGAAAAUAAUGAAGACGAGUUAAAUAAUUAUUAUCAAAAUAUCAAUGAGGACUCCUCAAAAAAUAAUAUAAGAGCACAGCUAAUGUUGAAAUAUAUGAAACUUAUGUUAUGCUGUUUUUAUGAGUAUAACUUAGCUUUGAGACAAAAGGUUCCUACGGCAUUCACUAAAUGGAAGCAAUUCAAUUCACAUCCAUUGAUACUUAGGCCAUUUUUAGGAAUAAUCAGACACGAAGGCUAUUUAAACCGCAUAGGAGAUAUGAUAAAGCAAACAGAGAGCGAAUUCAAGGAGAGUGUUCAGAUUGAGCUCAUCAACGACAAGUUUGUCAACCUUUCUAAAAGAACCCGCAAUGCGUUUCAAAAGGCUGUUGAUAUACCUCUAUCUGUUUUCGAUCUUACCAUCAAGAAGUUGGGAAGUGAAGAAUGCUUGAAUGUAAAACUUGAAGUAACAACAAGUGAGCUUUUCGUCAACAUUAUCUUGAAGCUUAAUAUUACGAGAUUCAAGUCUUUGGAUGAUCUUAAAACUAAUAUCAAUGGUACAAAUGUUUUACAAUUAAACCUCAAUGAUAUUAAUGAUCUUGAAGAUUGCUUGAAAUGGCCGAUUGUGAAUUUCAUUAAUCUGUAA